UGCGCAGGCCUAUUCACGGUACCUUGCUGCGCGCGUGCGCGGCGCACGGGGCGGCGCCGUUCCCUUGUUCGCCAUACUUGCACUGGAGCGACGGACGCACUAAACGCAGCUGUAAAGGCACCUGAAAUCAGUACUUCAUUAAAUAUAAAGACAUGGCUGAGGAUGAUGUGACUCCGGAGCAGCUAGCAGCUAUUGCUGCAGAAAAUGAAGAGCCAGAGCCGGUGAACUACAAGCCGCCAGCCCAAAAGUCGGUGAAAGAGAUCCAUGAGAUGGAUAAGGAUGAUGAGAGCCUACGCAAAUAUAAGGAAACCCUGCUUGGCAAUGGAGCCUCUGAGGCUGAUCCCGGUGUUAAUAAUGUCCAAGUGACUCGAAUGUCUCUGAUCUGUGAAACCGCCCCAAACCCCCUGGUCCUGGACCUGCAAGGAGACCUGGAGGCCUUUAAGAAGCAGUCGUUUGUUCUGAAGGAGGGCGUUGAAUACAAAAUAAAGAUCAGCUUUAAGGUGAACAGGGAGAUUGUUUCAGGUCUGAAGUAUGUGCAGCAGACAUUCAGGAAAGGAAUUAAGAUUGAUAAAUCGGAUUACAUGGUGGGGAGCUACGGGCCUCGUUCCACUGAAUAUGACUUCCUGACCACGAUUGAGGAGGCUCCUAAAGGCAUGAUGGCCCGCGGCACCUACGUCAUCAAAUCCAGGUUUACUGACGAUGACAAGCACGACCACUUGUGCUGGGAGUGGAACCUCAACAUCAAGAAAGACUGGAAAGACUAAAAGAGGCCUUUGUGUUCAGGGGCAGAGGGA